AUGUCCCGCGGCUUGCCACGGCGUGGGCAGCCGUGCAUUGUUGCGUUUCACCAUUCAUCUUGCUUGUUUGUUUCUGACGCCCCGCUGUGGUUGUGUGCCCUCAGAUGCUUUUUUUUUUGUGGCCGUAGGCACACACACACAACGACACCCACACGAUAUAUGCAUUGGUAUGGUUGGUUGCUCCUCUCGCACUCGGUGCUGGCGGUUGCGUGUGGCUGCCGAUCCCCCGUUGUGUUUUUGAGGGAGGAGGCGCGUGACGGCGUCGGUGAAGAAGGAAGGCACCGACCGCUGCUGACGAUGACGGUCUUUGCUGCAGGUGGUCUGAAAGGAGGGCGUUGCUGGCGUCACAAUCAACCGAGAUGGAUGAGGACCGCACCGCAUCUCUCUUCCCUCUCAUCAUUUCCUCGCUCCACAGCAGCCACAGGCCAAAGGCACCGUGCGGCAGCGGCGCGACCACCAUCCGUACGGCUGCGAGCCAAUCGGACUGUGCAAUCGAUGUGGACUUUUCUUCCCCGUGUCCGCGUACUGCCGUCGUGCUCCUCCAUUCUCCUUUCUUCCUGUGUAUGCCGUGCGCGUAUGAUUCCGUUGUUUCUUGUGCAGUUCUGA